UGGACAAAAAGAACGCACCAAAAGUCUCUGCCUCUGACUGCAGUGCACGACGACACACACAGAUGAAUGGUGAAGGAAGAUAGUGAGAGAUACAGAGUGCACGGUUUUGAGGUGAUUAAGGUUGUGGCCACAGAUCUUGACCAGCCAUAUACUGACAACUCAGAUAUCCGCUACCGUCUGAUGAGCCAGGAACCCAAGUUGCCCAGUGACUCCCUGUUUGUUAUCAAACCAGGAGUCAUCAGAGUCAAUGCCGGUGGGCUACACAGAGAGACAGAUUGGAGCAAAGUGGUAACGGGACUGUAAAGCCUUUUGAUUUAUGGAAACCUUACAUUUGUCCAUUAUUCUUUUGUCUAUGGUGUCAAGUCCAAAAUGCUUUCUCGGAUUACGUGGCAGAUGGUUUUGUGUCAUGAUUAUCUGUUCAGCAGUGCUUGCUAGUUUCCUCCAUUUUGCAUUAACAAAGAGCACAUUAAAAAAUGUAGUCUCACUUUGCCAGACCUACCUCCACAGCGC